AUGUCCUCCACUUCUUUGACCUCCCACCCAAACACCGGUAUUGUCCCGACCCGGGACAGCCUCGAAAUUAAUAUUGCUAUCACGCCUGUCCGCCGCACCCGUAGGCCCGUGGCCGUUAGCCCUGGGAGUGAAAACAUGCCAAUUUCUGAGAUCAAUACACCCCAGCGUUCGGCUCUAGCCCGUAACAACCCUUACAACCACUUCCUCUAUCCCAGUGACGGCACUGACCCUGCCUCCCCAAUUAACGCCGCUGCAUCCAUCGACGCCGCUGCGUCUAACACCGGUGUUACUACAAUUAUUACUGGCGGUACUGCUACUGCCACUACCACUGGAACCACCAGCGCUGCAGCCCUCGGCCUUGCCGAUAGCAUUAAACAAGGAAUUAAGGACCUCAUUAAAUCACCCAUUGAGGCCAUGAAGCGUCAAACUAAAAAUUGGAAACGAGAGGCAACCGCCACUCAGAAGACCAAUAUCGCCGAGAACAAACGUCAACGCGAAGUUGACGCUGCACCCGCCAAUAGUAUUACUAAGGGCUCCGGCGGGGAUGACGUUGCGACUCAAGCUACAAUGCAAGCCGCGCACGGGGCUAUCGCGGACCAGCCGGCGGGCAAUCAACUCGGGGAAUCAUCCUCCCCUGCAACCGCCACCACCGCUACCGCCAAUGUUCCCGCUGCGAGCGCUGUAGACACCACUACUGGCACAGUCAACAACACCAACUUCAGGAGCAUCCUCGAUAUUGAUCUUUAUGCAAAGGUCAAGGCCGCCAUGGCCAAAAGGAGGUGGAGCGCCAAUCAUAAACGGUUCGAGAAAACUAUGGCUAAGAGAGGGGCAGCCUCCAACGGCGGAAAGUGCACCAGCAACAAUCAAAAGGAACCUAAGCGCCCCCACACCGCCUAG